UCAACUUUGAGGGUCGUGGUUUCUUCGUCAUUCGUCGUAAUUUAAAUAUUUAAAAUGUUUUGUAAAUCCGUCUGCAAUGUUCAGCGAGCUUUGACGAAAAGUGCGGCAUGCCAUUUAUACAAAAAUAACUUUCUGCGAUUGAUUGCAACGACGAGUGCCCAUUAUCAUCAUUACUAUGAUAGAAAUUUUCUUCACUGCACCUCCAAAGUUGGCGUCAGCAACCUUAGCAGCAGUAGAUCGAUCCACCGCAACCACUUCAGGUCUGGCCUGACGGCAACUCUGGACGAUGAUGAUGGAGAACCAUCAAAGGAAAUUUUGAAAAACAACUACAAAAGUAGCAACAGCCAGCCGCAGUGGAUCGAGGCUUUAGAUGUAGUAGACGAGAAGAAGGGAAGUUUUGAUAACUUUCAACAGCUAUCGAAAGAAACCAUUGCUAAACUUCAGUCAAUGGGCAUUAAGUAUUUCUUUCCAGUUCAGAGCAACACAUUUGAUGCUAUUUAUGAGGAAUAUGAUGUUAUCGUACAAGCAAGGACAGGAUCAGGAAAAACAAUGUCAUAUGCUGUUCCACUAGUUGAGAAGUUACUGAAGCAGUCUGACAGCAACGCCAAUAACAGACGCAGACUGCCUAAGAUGUUGGUUCUCACUCCGACAAGAGAGCUAGCCAACCAGGUUUCUUCUGUCGUCUCAUCCCUGACCAGUCGUCUCAACGUUGCUGCCGUCUAUGGUGGGGCAGCCAUUGUAACGCAAGAGAAUCAACUUCGCCGAGGUGCAGAUAUCGUUGUGGGUACGCCAGGUCGAAUACUUGACCUCAUUUCUCGAAGGUCGCUCGACCUGGCCCAAUUAAAUCAUGUUGUCCUGGACGAGGUCGAUCGCAUGCUGGACAUGGGGUUCGCCGAUGACGUCGACGACAUACUUAAAAAUAGAUACAGGAAAGAUGACCGCGAGAACAACCCACAAACGCUCCUGUUCUCGGCCACCGUGCCAACCUGGGUCCAACAAACGGCAAGGAAGUACCUCAGUCGGGAUAUCAAGAUGAUCGAUCUCAUUGGCAGGAAUGCUAACAAGACUGCUGUCACUGUCAAGCACACAGCCAUGUUGUGCAGCACAUCAGAUCGAGUCAGUGCCAUCACUGACAUCCUCACAAAACACGGCCGCCACCACUACAACAACAACUCCUCCUCAACAACAAACGUCGACAACAACAAAACUGACGAUUCGAUCGUUGAUUCUGAUAGAGUAAACGACGACAACAACAACAUUAGUGGUGACGAUGACAGCAACGUCGAUGUUGAUGACAGUACACCUCGAAUCUUGGUGUUCUGUCAGACGAAGAGAGAAGUGGAUGAGAUCGGGGCGUGCAAGCAACUGCGGGGCAGGGUGGCCACACUUCACGGGGACAUCUCACAGGUCCAGAGGGAAAUCUCUUUAAAGAAAUUUAAAAAUGGAAAAGUGGAUUGCCUCGUGGCAACAGAUGUCGCCGCACGCGGUUUGGACAUUCCAGACGUCGACGUCGUCAUCCAGUGCUCUCCACCGCAGGAUGUUGAGUCUUACAUACAUCGUUCAGGUAGGACAGGCCGUGCAGGUAAGUCAGGCGAGUGCAUUAUGUUGUACACCCCCGAGGAGGUGGAAGAUGUCCUGAAAGUCGAAAAGAUAGCGGGGUUCACAUUCAACAAGAUGAACUUCCAGAGAAGCAUGCAAACAAUGAAGCUAGAUGUACUCAGGAUGAUAAACAACGUGAGCAGUAGCACCAACAAAAAAUUUGCAGGCAUCGCGUCAGAACUUACGAAGGAAGUAGGGAUGGACAGGUUGUUGUCGUCUGCUAUUGCAGUGAUGUGCGGAUUUGAGCAGAAGUCACUUAUCACAUUACAACCUGGGUUGUUAACGUUGCAAGUGGCAUCUGACAAGAGUAGGAUAUCAACAAAAACUCAGGCCUGGUCCCACCUCAAUAACAUCCUCUCUGAGUCAACCACCAGGGACAUCAGGAACCUCAGACUCUGCUCUGACUAUAAGAGUUUUGUUUUUGACAUUCCGUCUCGACAUGAAGAAAAAAUGAUGAGGGAAUUUGAGACCAUUAUCAACAGCAACUCGUACAGGUUGACAACACCUGAACAUCUACCAUCCAUCGUCCAAUCAGAUAUCACGAAUGUAACUAGGUCAUCGUCAUUCAGCCCCUUUAACCGACACAGAAGUGGGUUUAAUAGGUCACGUUGGACCAAUGAAAGAGAAGACGACGACGAGGAUGAUGAUAAUGAUGAUGAUAACCAUGGAAAGUUCAGUAGAUUGAGUCACUCAUAUGAUAAUAAAUACAACAGAUAUAAACGUGAUGGUGAUUACAGAGGUGGGAGAGGUGGUUUUGCCAGCUACGGGCGCUUUGGUAAUAAGUGGCUGGGUGACAACAGAGGGGGUAGGGAGAAUGGAGACUUUAAGCUGAAACAUCGGAGGAGUUUGUCUGAUCAGGAUGAUUGAUUGAUUGAUUGAUUGAUUGAUUGAUUGAUUGAUUGAUUGAUUGAUUGAUUGAUUGAUUGAUUGAUUGAUUGAUUGAUUGAUUGAUUGAUUGAUUGAUUGAUUGAUUGAUUGAUCGAUUGAUUGAUCGAUUGAUUGAUCGAUUGAUUGAUCGAUUGAUUGAUCGAUUGAUUGAUCGAUUGAUUGAUUGGUUGGUUGAUUGGUUGGUUGAUUGGUUGAUUGAUUGAUAUAUAUGUUUAUUUUAUAGGAUUGUAUGAAUGGAUUGAUGAACCAAUCAUUAGAAAAAAAAUUAGGAUAAUAUAAGUUGAAGGACGAAUUAACGUAUAUAUGUAGUUUUUACUUAAUUUAUAUCUAGACGGUUUUUUUAGACGAAAAUGUUUAUGGAUUGAAUUAGUGAAUGGCACUUGAAUGGAUUGUGGUGAACCCAUUAGUUAAAAAUCGUUCAGCGUUCUUCGCCUGUCACUUAAGUAUUUCAAUUGUCGGAUCAUAAAUUCUCUAAAUAAUUUUGUCAGUUGUCUAUUUAUAAUAAAAGCAAAUAAAUCGAAUAAAAAUUGGU